CUCAUCGUUUCUCUCUCUAGCCUGUGAAAUCUGAAAAGAGACACAUGCUCGUAGGGCAUGUUCAAAAGGACACAAUAUCUUCUUCGCGGUACAGUGGUAGGUGAAACUCCAAGGGCGAUUCGAUUUGACAGUGUGGGAGAAGACAGACAGGAGAGGAGGCAACAUCUUAUCAUAUGAGUAGAGUUCUUCCACUCAUUGCCAUGCUGCAGCAGGGUGAAGGAGAGAGUUCUUGGGGGAUGGCGAGUGAUCGUGGUAGAGCUGUACCAUUCGGCCAAGCUCUUGGAUAUGGAAUCCAAGGCCAUGCUCCUCCCCCUGCCAACUUCCUGAGGGAGUUGCAACCUGCAGCCGCUGCUUACUUUGGCGAGUUGGAGGAGGCCCUUAUCCAUGGCACCUGCGCGGCCGGUGUCGAUCCUGUCAUGAUUGAAAGUGAUGCCCACACCAAGUCAGCAGCAGUAGCAGCAGCGGCAGGAUAUCUUGCGGCUAGGCCCCCCACGUUGGAGAUCUUCCCUUCUUGGCCAAUGAGUCAUCUACAGCAGCCAUACAGUGGGAACUCGCAGUCAGUAGGGAGCACUGACUCCAGCUCAGCCCAGAACACAAUGUCACAGGCCGAGUUGGUGUCCCCAGUGAGCAUGAGGACCGACUCUGGGCAGCAGCAGCAGGACCAGCAGGAGGCGUUGAUGGUGACCAUUGAUGAUUACAACUACAGUCAAGGACUUGGGGCUGCACCAGCCACUGCACCAAGCUUUCAGCAACAUGCAGGAGCCCAAGAUAAGAGAAAGCCUGGAUCCACAAGAAAAGAUGGCAAAUUGGUAGAUCCCAAGACUGAAAGGCGAUUGGCGCAGAACAGAGAGGCUGCGAGGAAGAGCAGGCUGAGAAAAAAGGCUUAUGUUCAGCAGUUAGAAACAGGUCGGAUUAGGCUUCAGCAGAUCGAGCAAGAGCUUCAGAGAGGGCGCUCACAGGGUCUGCUCACGGGAGGAUGUAGCGCGCCCGGAGAGAUGAGUUCCGCCGCUGUAAUGUUCGACAUGGAGUAUGCCCGAUGGUUAGACGAAGACAACAAGUACAUGGCGGAGAUUCAGGGCGCUCUGCAGGCCCAGGUCCUGGACGCGAACCUCGGCACCAUUGUCGAAGACUGCAUGCGGCACCACGACGAGCUGUUCCACCUGAGGGCCGUGCUCGCCAGGUCCGACGUCUUCCACCUCAUGACCGGCAUGUGGGCUACGCAGUCCGAGCGGUGCUUCCUCUGGAUGGCCGGCUUCCGGCCUUCAGAAGUCCUCAAGAUGCUGAUACCUCAGCUUGAUCCGUCGACGGAGCAGCAACUGCUGGGGAUGUGCAACCUGCAGCAGUCAUCGGAGCAAGCCGAGGAGGCGCUCGAGCAGGGGCUAAAGCAGCUGCACCAGUCACUGGCCGACGCGGUGGGCGCUGGCCCUCUCAAUGACGGUGCAGAUGUUGCCAACUAUACCGGUCUCAUGGCUCUAGCUCUUGACAGGCUAGACAACCUCGAGAGCUUUUAUCGUCAGGCCGACAACCUGAGACAGCAAACCCUGCAUCACAUGCGACGGAUCCUCACCACCAGGCAGACGGCUCGGUGCUUCGUCUCCCUCGGAGAGUACCAUCGCCGCCUCCGCGCCCUCAGCUCCAUCUGGGCUUCACGUCCUCGCGAGAAUUUCAUGAUGCCGGAGAAUGUCAGCUCUACAGCAACAGAAUUCCAGGCCAUUCACCAUCAGUCGCAGCAAAACCAGUUCUCCGGCCUCUGAAGCAUCGCACAAAUUCCACCAAAAAAAAGAGACGCGAGGAGACUGUAGCAUUGUUCUGUCACCGUUGUUAAGAUAUUGGGAAAGGGGAAUAUCAUAUCACUAGCUAGGGAAAAGGAGCAGAAAGUAGGCCGGCCAAGGGAAGAAAUUAACUGGCUUGGCUCAUCGCGUGUGUUGUGAUGUUCUUAUGGCUCUUGAACUGCACCAAGGGAGGGGUUAGCACCUUUGCAGGAAAUUUGGUGCAAAGCGUAGAGGGAUUAGGAAAAGGCAAGGGCCGGUGGGAGGGACGUGGACGUGGGUUACGUUGUAUGAUUAUUAUCAGUAGAGUAGGCCAUUCCAUUUGAGAAAUGGGCGGAGGAAUAAACAAUUAAUCUGAUCUGAGCAUUUGCCAAAACGACACGGCCAGAUAAACCAGCCAUUACCUAAUUUGUCCCCUCAAAACAAUAAAC